GAGAGAGAGGGGAGGAGAGCUCCGUCUCUCCCGGUGCACUUGGCAGUCUAGUUGCGGGCUGCUGUGCUGUUGCUGUCGUGGCGUGGCUGGUCGCGCCAGGCGGGGAACUUCACCACACUGGAGCCCGGAGUCCCACUCUCUCACCUGCGCAGUUCGGAGCUGCCAUGGGUCUCUCGCAUGGAUUUACUGUCCUAAUUAUUCUACCGGCCUUUCUGCUGCACACCAGCGGCCUUUACAUCGCCAGUAGCGUUGACUCCCUGCAGCAUGUCCUGGGGGAAUAUGGACUGGUGAGGCCGAUCAGUGUGGACGCAGAGGGCCGCUUCCUGUCACAUGCCGUCUCGGCUGGCCGCAUGGCAGGAGGGCAGUCCCGUAGGCGCCGGAAGAGGGAGGUAGGAGUAGGCAAUGAUGAGUGGGAAGGACCAAAAGGAGAGCCAGGGGCCUUUCAGGAAAGGCUUUACUACAACGUCACAAUCUUCGGCCGGGAGUUCCACCUGCGCCUGCGCCACAAUGCCAGGCUGGUGGCCCCCGGAGCCAAGAUGGAGUGGCAUGAUGACAGCGACAGCGCCCGGCACUCUGAGCCUCUCCACAAUGAAUGUUUGUACGUUGGGGACAUCGCAGACACACCAGGAGCAUCUGUUGCUAUCAGCAACUGUGACGGCCUG